GCCGCGCGCACGUUCGUCCCAUUCCUCGAAUUUCGAAAAAACAUCGCGUUGUAACAUUUGUAUGAAGUUUUAGUGAAUAGUUGAUCAGUGAUGGUUUUCAAAAAGACUUUUUGGAUUUUGUUCGUAGAUGUCAUGCUCGUGAGAAGUGUCAUGAAUGGAGAUCCAGAACACACAACAAAAGAAACGAGACCAGAAUACAUACACCCUGACGGUCUACUAAACUUCGAUCCAUAUCUAUCGGACUUCAAAACAGAGACAGAAGAAGAAGACGACUACAUACCAUUACCAGAAAACGAAGAAACGAUAGAUGGUCUCCCUAUUUUCUUGUUAGAACCCAAAAAUUCAUACGUUCUAAGAAAUAGACCCGCGAAUUUGCUCUGUAGGGCAGCAAAUGCCCUCGAAGUGUAUUUCAAGUGCAAUGAUGUGAGGUCCGAUAAAAGUGUUCAAUUGGAACAUGUGGACCCCCAUAAUGGAGUCAGGGUUGUUGAAGCAGAACUCAAUGUGACAAGAAAUGAGCUGGACGGAGCCAAUAAAAAGUAUGGCUGCAAAUGUUACGCGUGGAACAGUAAGGGCAAGAUCAGGAGUCAAGCUGUUUUAAUUGAAUUUGCUUACAUAAAGAAGCAGUUCCUACAGCAGCCUCUAUCAUCCACAAUAGAAGCUGGUAGAGGAGUAACGUUCAGAUGUGUGCCGCCUCCCGCAGCACCACCACCUACCAUCAAAUGGACCAGAAAUGGAUUGCCUAUUGAACCCACUGUUGAAACUCUUGUAUUACCAAAAGUUGGUUUGCAGGACAUGGCCAACUACACUUGUGUGGCGGAAAACAUCGCAGGUCGGCGGGAGUCCGACGUCGCUGUUUUGUCUGUGUACGUUAACGGUGGGUGGUCAGAAUGGUCACCGUGGGCACCAUGUCGAUGUGGAUCCACCACGAGUGGCCGUCGCCGGUCACGCAGCUGCACUGAGCCACCUCCAGCAAACGGUGGAGCUCCAUGUAGAGGACACUCUUCACAGAGCGAUGAGGAUUGUGUCACAUGUCAAAAUAGUGGUACCUGGUCUGCCUGGGCCUCAUGGUCUUCAUGCAGCGUUGACUGUGUGAGGGUAAGGAGAAGACAGUGUUCAGGAAAUAACUGCCAAGGAUCCACACUACAACAUGCUGCCUGUGUUGACGGAUUAUGUACUAGUGGAAUGAGGUUCUACACCAAUAACACAACGCUGUACGUUGGUAUUGGCAUUACAGUUGCUAUGCUGCUCGCUGGCGUAGCUAUCUUAUACGUCUGGUGCAAAUACAGAGGCAGACCUGGAUAUUCUGCUGGCAGAAUAGGUAUACCAAAGACACAUUCAGGCAGGGACAAAGGGAGCGCGGCGCCAGACCUGACGAGGACCUGCAACGAGUACUGGAUGCAGGGACCUGACAAUCACUAUGACAUGCCACAUGUCAGAGACAGCUAUUCAUCCCCAUUUGGGAACCGGAGUAGACAUCAGUCGUCAGCCGGAAGUAACCAUUACGAGAUGAAGCCUUACAGCCCUUCCGGGGACUCUGCGUCCAGUUGUUAUACCAACUCAAGGACAAUGACGUCACGGUCUAGUGAAUGUUCAUCUCAACUCGCAGAGCUCGUAACAGCAUCACCUACCUCCAUGUCAAAGGUGGAUGUAGCAGUGACGUUACCUACAGGACAUUUAGACACUAGCUAUAGAGACAAAAUUUGUUUGACUAUUGUCAAGUAAUUUCAGUUAUGUUGUUUUGGGAGCUGUAUUAUAGUUGUCAAAGAAAUUUGAACCUUAAAAAUGUUUUGUUAAAAUUAAUUUCAUUAGGAUCAGAUGAUUGUGCAACUUGUUGACAUUUAUGUGUAUUUAAAAACUGUGUUUUCUGUUUUAAAGAUUUCUAUUUGCUUUGGCCUCUUUACAGUUACCAGUUUCAUCUAUUUUAAAACAGUCUUGUAUAACUGCCUUACCAGUCUAAAGGGCGAUGUUUUCUGUCGUAACAGAACCAGAAUUAUGUAAUGCUUGGUGUGUAAUUAUGUUCAUCCGUACAGCCAUUAACAUAUCUAAUUUAAUCACGAUGCAAAUGCUACUAAAGAUACUCAAGGUAGAUACUAAGGACUCAAAAUGUAAAAACCAGUUUAUCAUGGUCUCCGCUUUCUAUGAUCGCUCCUAGUAUUCAAUGGUCGAGUUAUACUGGUUGUGCAUAGCUUGAUGUGCAUCUAUAUGCGUCUUCAAAUACAUAUAUGGAAAAUUGUAAUAUGUUUUAUCUCCAAAGGAUGUAUGAAUGAAAAAAAGGUAUUAAUCAACUCAUAUUAUUUAUUUCUUUUUUCGUAUGGAUAUUAUUAGAAAUUAAACUUCGUAUUUUAUUCG